AAGGGAGCAGUUGAGUGGUUGCACUGGCGGGUUUCCGAUUUGGAUUGUAAUUCUCCGAUGGGUGAAAUAGCUCUGGGAAAUUUUAACAUCGGUAAAUGUAGCAGACCGUGUCCCCCAAGUUUUAUGGGGCUUGAGGUGGAAAAAUGAGUGAAUUUAGGAUUCAUCAUGAUGUUAAUGAGUUGCUGAGCUUACUUCGAGUUCGAGGAGGUGAUGGAGCUGAAGUCUACAUAGAUCUUCUGCAGAAGAACCGAACUCCAUAUGUCACAACUACAGUAUCUGCACAUAGUGCAAAGGUUAAAAUUGCAGAAUUUUCACGUACUCCUGAAGAUUUUCUAAAGAAGUAUGAUGAGCUGAAAUCUAAGAAUGCACGAAAUUUGGAUCCUUUGAUAUAUCUCAUUUCAAAACUCACUGAAGAUAAGGAGACUCUUCAGUACUUACAGCAGAAUGCUAAGGAUAGGGCUGACCUUGGUGCAGCGACUAAUACAAGCACCAACUUCAGUAUCCCAUCUACCCCAACAAAGAUCUCCAUGCAGGAGUUUGAAGAACUUCGCAAACAACUUGGGAAUGUUGCAACAAUUUCCAGUCUUCAGCAGCCCAAUGAAGUACUUCGGAAGAUGCUUCGAGAUAAGCACAUCAAGAAGAACACAAGCCAGCCUAUUCCACUCUUUCCUGCAUGGGUAUAUGACAGGCCUGCUCUUACUGGAGAUUUCAUUACUGGAUCUAGUGCUACCAGUGAGCCAGUGGUAUCUAUAGGUACCAUGUCCUUAUCAGCCCAAGAACAGACAAUAGUGGAGGAUUUGCUGUAUGUUCUAAUUGGAGUUGAUGGCAGAUAUAUUACAGCACAGAUCCUGCCUGGCAGGCAGAAUUGCUCUUUCAUAGUGGAUCCAACACUGGAUAUGUCAAUGAAAGAACUAGUGAACAGGAUUUUACCAGUUGCUGCAAGCUAUUCUACUGUUGCAAGAUUUAUUGAAGAAAAAUCUUCAUUUGAGUAUGGGCAGGUGAAUCAUGCUCUGGCUGCUGCUAUGAGAACAUUAAUGAAAGAGUACAUGAUCCUGGUGACACAACUGGAACAUCUGCAGAGGCAAGGCCUGCUAUCAUUGCAGAAGUUAUGGUUUUACAUUCAGUCAACAAUGAGGACAAUGGAAAUCCUUGCUUCUCUUGCUACUUCAGUGGAGAAGGGAGAAUGCAUGGGAGGGGCUACCCUCAGUCUUCUUCAUGACAGAACCUUCAACUACACUGGAGACAGCCAGGCUCAGGAGUUGUGCCUGUACUUGACAAAAGCAUCUAGUGUUCCUUAUUUUGAGAUUCUGGAGAAAUGGAUCUACAGAGGAAUCAUAAAUGACCCUUACAGUGAGUUUAUGGUUGAAGAACAUGAGCUACAGAAAGAGAAGAUUCAAGAAGAUUAUAACGAUAAGUAUUGGGAUCAAAGAUACACUGUUGUACAACACCAGAUUCCAUCUUUUCUUCAGAAGAUGGCAGAUAAAAUACUUAAUACAGGUAAAUACCUUAAUGUGGUACGCGAAUGUGGUCGAGAUGUUACCUGUCCUGAAGCUAAAGAAGUCAUCUACACCCUCAAGGAGCGGGCAUAUGUAGAGCAAAUAGAAAAAGCCUAUAAUUAUGCUAGCAAAGUCCUCCUAGACUUCUUGAUGGAAGAAAAAGAGCUUGUGGCACGCUUAAGGUCAAUCAAAAACUACUUCUUGAUGGCCCAAGGAGACUUCUUUGUUCAUUUCAUGGAUCUGACAGAAGAAGAACUGAAGAAACCUGUUGAUGACAUUAUUCCUACAAGGCUAGAAGCUUUGUUGGAGUUGGCAUUGAGAAUGAGCACAGCUAACACUGACCCCUUUAAGGAUGACUUAAAGAUAGAACUGAUGCCCCAUGACCUCAUAACACAACUACUACGAGUUUUAGCGAUUGAGACUACGCAGGAAAAGGCAAUCAUUACAGCUGAUCCUACUGAACUCACUCUCAGUGGCCUGGAAGCUUUCUCAUUUGAUUACAUUGUCAAGUGGCCUUUGUCCCUUAUAAUUAGCAGGAAAGCCUUGACUCGUUACCAAAUGCUUUUUCGGCACUUAUUUUACUGCAAGCAUGUGGAGAGAUUGCUCUGCACUGUGUGGAUCAGCAACAAGAUUGCGAAACAGUACCCACUACACACAGCAAAAUGGUUUGCAGCAGCAUUUACUCUGAGGCAGCGCAUGUUAAAUUUUGUUCAGAAUAUACAGUACUAUAUGAUGUUUGAGGUUAUGGAGCCAACAUGGCAUAUCCUGGAAAAUAAUCUUAAAUCGGCAUUGAAUAUAGAUGAUAUGUUAUGCCAUCAUACUAGUUUUCUUGACAACUGCCUGAAGGACUGCAUGUUGACAAACCCUGAACUGCUGAAGAUUUUCUCCAAGCUGAUGUCUGUCUGUGUUAUGUUUACUAACUGCAUGCAGAGAUUUACUCAGAGUUUAAAGAUGGAUAAUGAGAUGGACCGACUUACUCUGGAGCAUGGGACGAUGUUAGGUCCACCAAGCCAGACUGAGCGUGUUGAAGAGGUGGAGAAGAAGAGACUAACUAACAAGUACCUAGCAGAACACGUGGAUGCAUUUCAGUCUUCUUCUGGCUUUGAUGCAACAAUCACUAAAUUUGACAGUAAUUUCUCCACACAUCUGCUGGACCUCUUGGACAAACUAAGCAUUUACAGCACCAAUGAUUGUGAACACAGUAUGAUCAGUAUAAUCUACAGGUUGGAUUUUAAUGGGUUUUACAGUGAACGUUUGGAGCGCAUGUCUGCUGAAAGAAGUCAGAAGGCAGUUUCUCAAGUAGCUGUUCCAAAAAUUAUAGCAUCUGCUUAGUAAAGCACUGUAAUAUAUUUGUGUCUGUAUAUUACUGUUUUAUAGGAAAUUAUAACAGUUGUGUGACUGUGCCUAUUUAUUUGUGUAUACAUGAUGGCAUAAGGCACAUUAUAAAGCAGGCCUUAAAAGUGGCCUGCAGUAUUUUCUAUAAAGGAGCUUGUACAUUUCAGUGAUAUCCAGAUACCAAGGACUGGAUGUUAGUAAUUUAAUGUCUAUGUUUUUAUUUAGACAGAUGUACAUUUUUUCUGUUUUUGCUCAGUUCUGUUGCACUCUCUUUGGAUUUCUAGAAUAUAUUUUGCCACUGGGCACUGGUAAGAAAACAGUGUGUACCACAUAAGGUAUUGCUGUAAAAUAUAAGGUAAUUUACCCCGGUACUUGCCAACCAACAAGCCUCCACCAGUGGAACCUUGAGUACAUUCAUGAUAUUGUAUCAAGUAUUUCUACUACAGAGACGAGAUCCAUCCUGAGAGACCAUUAUCCAGGUAGACAUGAAUUUAGUUUGUGCUUGCAACCCCCGUAUGCACUAUGGGGGAGGCACCAUCAUCACAUGGCUUGGUUAGUCUGGAUUACCCCCUCCCUUGCAGUCUGGAUCCCUGUGAUGACUGAACUUGCAUGUGUCCAACCACAGCAAGGUUAUUAUUGUCCGUUUGGCCCUGUAAGUCCAGCUCAACCCGAAAUAAGGACCUGAAGAUAUUCAUGUCAAUGUAUCCACAACUGACAGGUACCUCCUCCUCCUCCAAUCAGCAGCCACAUCAUUCUGACAUAGACUGUAGGGCCCUAACCCCAUCCACUGGUGGCUGACAUUUACACAGCAUUACUGCAGGCCAACAGUGCCCUCUCCCUUAAUCAUGCCCCUGACAGCUACUGUUAAAAGGCUUGCGAUACCAAGUACACGUCACCUUGAUCACUGGCCUUCAGUAUAGGUUUGCAUUCGGAGUAUCAGCUGAUUGGAAACCACAUCUCGUUCCCUCCAUAAUGGUUGAGCCUGCUUUAGCCCCUCUCUCCCAUCCCCCAAUCUGUCUGUUUGAGGUGGAGACCUAGGUCAUAGUGAAAGAUUUAUUUCUCUGUGCUAGAGAUGGGUAGCAUAAAGGAAAACACUUUUUAACAUUUAGUUCUUCCCUAGUAAGUUAUGUGCAUCACUUUAGUAUCACACAAACAACCCAGGGAUUCAGGUUCUGCCUUACUUCUGAUUUAUUACAUUGUAUAUUAUUUCCAACAAGGUACUGUUUAGUAGAUCUUAUUUGAAGAGCAAGUGAAAAUUGCAAAGGACAGAGAGACUUUUUUUCGUAAAUCAACUAAAUUACAUAGUAGUUGAUAAUACUUCUUGAUUAACUGUCUGUAUAGAAACAAGAGCUUUCUAAACUUCAGUGGUAAAUGUCAGUUUUCAUUUUGCCAAAUGCUAUACCUGAUAGAAUGAUGACUUAUGCAGAGGACUGUGUGUUAUAGUACUGUUCAUUGCACCAUGACCCUGAACAUAUGUUGAGUUUUUUUAGUACUGGAUGAUAAGCCAACCACGUAUGUGGCAGUAAGACUGAGCAUGGUGCAUGAGUAAUGGUUGAAGGACUCUCUCUAAAUAAAAAAGUGUAAUUUUGAGCUACA